GGCAUGGCUCGCUGAGAUUAGCUUUAGCUGUGGUUAACUCCUCCACAAGUGUUCACACGCCACGACUGCUUCCACAGGGUCAAUAUGGACUUAUUCAACAAAAUGUUCAUCGACCAUUUAAGAAAGGAAUGAGAUCACUUGAGAAGAUGUUUCCUCACUCAGGGAAAUCCAUCGUCUUUGACAGCUUUCCAGAUCCAUCCGACACCUGGGAGAUCAUUGAGACUAUUGGUAAAGGGACAUAUGGGAAAGUUUAUAAAGUGCUUAACAGGGUCAAUGGCAGCAAAGCCGCCGUCAAAAUACUGGAUCCAAUCCAUGACAUUGAUGAGGAAAUUGAAGCUGAAUAUAACAUCCUCAAAACUCUCUCAGACCAUUCCAAUGUCGUGAAGUUUUUUGGAAUGUUCUACAAGAAGGAUGUGAAGAUCGGAGACCAGCUAUGGCUAGUGCUAGAGUUGUGUAAUGGAGGGUCUGUCACAGAUCUGGCUAAAGGUAUGUUGAAAAGAGGAGACCGCAUGGAGGAACCCAUCAUUGCCUACAUCCUACAUGAAGCACUCAUGGGUCUCCAGCAUUUACACAUCAAUAAGACCAUCCAUCGAGAUGUCAAGGGCAACAACAUCCUGCUCACCACAGGAGGAGGAAUCAAGAUGGUUGACUUCGGGGUAUCGGCCCAGCUUACAAACACCCGGCUAAGGAGGAACACCUCGGUCGGAACGCCCUUCUGGAUGGCACCUGAGGUCAUCGCGUGUGAGCAGCAGCUCGACUCCACGUAUGACGAGCGCUGUGACGUGUGGUCUCUCGGGAUCACGGCCAUAGAGCUGGGUGAUGGAGACCCGCCCCUGGCUGAUCUUCAUCCAAUGAGAGCUCUCUUCAAAAUUCCAAGAAAUCCUCCACCCACCCUACACCAACCAGAGCUCUGGUCAAACGAUUUUAAUGAUUUUAUAUGCAAGUGUCUGAUAAAGGAUUUUGAGCUCAGGCCCAAUGUGUUUGACCUUCUUCAGCAUGUCUUCAUCAAACAGAUUGUGGGGCGAGAGAAGACGCUGCAGAACCAGCUGAUGGAGCUAAUCGACCUCAACCAACAAAUGGGCGUUAUCGAGAAAACAAGCCAUCUUGGAAUAACUGAAAGGAGAGACAGUGAUUCCAGGCACGAGCGUAUCCACACCAAAAAAGGCAGCUACAUGAAGUCUCAAAGUCAAACUUGUGACGACGUGGAGGAUCUGGCAACCCUUGAGGUUCUAGAUGAAAACACAAUCACCGAACAGCUACAGAGACGUUAUACAAAGGAGCAGAUCUACACCUACGUUGGAGACAUCCUUAUAGCGGUGAAUCCAUUCCAGAAAGCGGAGCUGUACACGCCGGAGCAUUCUAAGAUUUACGUUGGAGCCAAAAGAACGUCCAACCCUCCUCAUAUAUAUGCAGUUGCAGACAUCGCAUAUCAGUCCAUGGUCUCCUAUAAUACUGAUCAGUGCAUUGUCAUCAGCGGAGAGAGCGGUGCUGGGAAAACAGAAAGUGCCCACCUAUUAGUCCAACAGCUGACCGUUCUUGGAAAGGCAAACAAUCGGACCCUCCAAGAGAAGAUUUUGCUGGUCAAUAGUCUGGUGGAAGCCUUUGGAAAUGCUUGUACUGUGAUCAAUGAUAACUCCAGUCGCUUUGGGAAAUAUCUGGAGAUGAAGUUCACAUGUGGAGGCACAGUGGUGGGAGCUCAGAUCUCAGAUUACCUCCUGGAGAAAUCCCGGGUCAUACACCAGCCCGUAGGGGAACGUAACUUCCACAUCUUCUAUUAUAUCUAUGCCGGUCUGGCAGAGAGGAAGAAACUCGGCCACUACAAGCUGUCAGACAGCAAAACUCCAAAGUAUCUCCACAAUGAGAAUGUUAAAUUAGUGCCUGACAUUGUGGGCAAUGCCUUCUAUAAGGAGCAGUUUGAGACAGUGGAGCAGUGCUUCAAAGUCAUCGGCUUCACACUAGAGGAGCUCGGGAGCGUUUACAGUACCUUAGCUGGGAUCCUAAAUGCAGGUGAUGUUGAGUUCACAUCAGUGGCUUCGGAACAUCAGACGGACAAAAGCAACAUUUCCAACAUGGCAGUACUAGAGAGUGCUGCAUCACUGCUGUGUAUCCGUGUGGAUGAGCUCCAGGAAGCGCUGACCUCUCACUGUGUGGUCACACGGGGCGAAACCAUCGUCAGGUCAAACACAGUGGAGAAGGCCACUGAGGUACGGGACACCAUGGGCAAAGCCCUCUAUGGACGCCUGUUCAGCUGGAUUGUCAACCGCAUCAACUCUCUCCUGAAACCAGACAGCCAGUCAGGGGAGGAAGACAAAGGUCUGAACAUUGGUAUUCUGGACAUCUUUGGCUUUGAAAACUUUAAGAGGAACUCUUUUGAGCAGCUCUGCAUCAACAUCGCCAAUGAGCAGAUCCAGUUCUACUUCAACCAGCACGUCUUCGCCUGGGAACAGGAUGAGUAUCUGAACGAAGAUGUGGACGCUCGAGUGAUUGAAUAUGAAGACAACCGGCCGCUGCUGGAUCUGUUCCUUCAGAAGCCCAUGGGCAUGUUAGCACUACUGGACGAGGAGAGUCGCUUUCCUCAGGCUACUGACCAGACCCUCGUCGAGAAGUUUGAGGUCAACUUAAAAUCCAAAAACUUCUGGAGACCAAAGAGGGUUGAUCUGGGCUUUGGAAUCCAUCACUACGCAGGCAAGGUGAUCUAUAAUGCCAGUGGUUUUCUGGCUAAGAACAGAGAUGCUCUGCCCGCUGAUAUUGUUCUUCUGCUGAGGUCUUCAGAGAAUGAACUGAUCCGUAAACUGGUUACUCACCCGCUCACUAAAACAGGUAACCUGGCUCACACUAAGGGCAAGGCUGCUGGCUCUGCUCGUAUGGGCACACAACAAUCACAGCGCACCAUUAACUUUGCCAAGUUGGAAGGUCUUAUGUUGUUCAGUACUGUAUCAUUCACUGAGUCUUCCUCCCGGAAAUUAACUCCCACCCAUGACAAAACAAUGCUUGCCUUGCCCAUUGACACUGUACAAACGGCGGAGAGCACGGGAGACACCACACAUCACCCCAGAGAGACCACCAACAUGAAGACUCAAACUGUAGCCUCUUACUUCAGAUAUUCUCUAAUGGAUCUGUUAUCAAAGAUGGUGGCAGGCCAGCCUCAAUUUGUGCGUUGCAUAAAACCCAACAAUGAUCGUCAAGCCCACAAGUUCGACAGGGAGAAGGUUCUGAUUCAACUACGCUACACUGGCAUUCUAGAGACAGCUAAGAUACGCAGACAGGGCUACUCUCAUCGCAUUCUCUUCAAUAACUUCAUUGAGAGGUACUCUAUAUUAGCAUUUAGAGCCAAUGAGGAGCCACCAAUAAAUCCAGAGACAUGUGCUGUUAUUUUGGAGAAGGUCAAACUAGAGAACUGGGUUCUGGGCAAAACAAAGGUCUUUCUUAAGUACUAUCACGCGGAGCAGCUGAAUCUGAUGGUGAGGCAGACCACAGACCGGAUUGUUCUAGUCCAAGCAUAUGUACGAGGCUGGCUGGCAUUCAGACGAUACCGUUUGAUGCUGGAAAAGAGAAAACAAAGUGCUGUGGUGUUGCAGUCAGCAUACAGAGGACACAAAGUUAGGAAAAGAGUGACUGAUGACAAAAGCAAAGCAAAGUUAGAAGCUGUUAUGAUGCAAUUCCAAGCAGUGUGCAGAGGAUAUCUGGCAAGGCAGAAAUACAAAGAGUUACUAGAUGAGAAGAUCAAAGCUGCUGCAAAGAUCCAGGCCCAUUACAGGGGACACAAAGAGAGGAAAAGCUUCAAGAGGAAAAAGGAAGCCAUGCAGAAGGAAAAAGCUGAGAAGACGGAAGAAGUGGUGGAGGCCCCAUCAGAAUCAGAAGGUCGAGUUUCAGAGGAACCUCCACAGGAAGGAGGUGAAGUGGUAAUGGAUGAUGCUGAUGAAAAGGCCGCUGUGGUCCUCCAGAGCAACUACCGAGGUUACAGAGAAAGGAAGAAAUACAAGGAGCGUUGGGAACGGAAUAAGACCUUGACCGGGGAAGAGCUGGCCGUUUCCUCAUCCACCCCUGAAGGAGCCACUUCUGGAGAAAAUUUGGAUGUUAUACAAGAGGAAGUACAGGAGAAUAUAGAGGAAGAAGGGAAGGAGGCUGAGGAAGAGGUGGCGAGUGGAGGAGAUGAGAACAAUGAACAGGAAACUAAGGCAGCCACUGUUAUCCAGAGCAACUUCAGAGGUCAUAAAGAACGUAAAAGACUCCAAGAGGAGGGGAAGAUGCCGGUUAGAGGGAAGGAGACAAAGAGUCCUCCAGUUGAUGAGGAGCUUCCUAUUCCAGAUCCACCACCUCCAGAAGAACUGAUGGAAUUCACUGAGGAAAUGGAACAGGAAGAUGAGACUCCAGCUCAACCACCAGGAGAAGAUGAAGAAGCCAAAGCCGCUGCGGUUCUUCAGAGCAACUUCCGUGGCCACAAAGAGCGCAGAAGACUCCAGGAGGAAGGCAAAAUCUCCAAAAAAAAGACAAAUGAAGAAAUGGCUAAUCCAGACGCUUCAGAACUAGACAUUUCUCUUAAGGAACUUCCACUACCUCCAUUAGAAUUCGAGCAAGACAGUCAGUCUCCAGGGACAGGUGAAGAACAUGCUGCAACUGUUUUACAGAGCAAUUUCAGAGGACACCAGGAGAGAAAGCGAUUGAGAGCAGAGAGAGAAGGAGCCAUUGGAAAAGAACAAGAAAUGGCACAAGAGGCGGAGGAGCAGGAGAAUGAGGAAGCUCUGGACAUCACAGAUGUUCAGCUGGAACGGAAGGGGGUAGAAGAAGAGGAGGAUUCUCAGGCUGAGGAAGCCCAAUAUGAUGAGGAGCAGGCAGCCAUUAAAAUGCAGAGCAAUUUUAGAGGUUACAAAGACAGAAAGAACCUGAAAGAAAAAUCACAAAAACAGGAUGAGGAAGUAGAGUCGCUCUUCAAACAGGUAACCAAUGCCUCUGAAGAUUACUUAUCACUGCAGAAGAAGUUAAAUGAAAUCAUCCUUGCCCAUCAGCUCAACCCCAGCAAAAAUGGAAUGUUUGUGAAAGGACAACCUAUGAAUGGCUACAUGGGCUGUUACCAGCCACCAGCCGACACAAAGCAGCCACGAACGUCUCGCCGCACACAACAGCCAAAGACCCUGAACACACCAGAGGACUCCACAUACUACACACUCAUCCACAGGUCUGUCCAGGACGAUAAAAGGAGGCCAAGAAAACAAAGCCCCAAAAGGCUGGACAAUGAUGACCAGUACUACCAGGGCUCGUCCAGCACUAAGUCCACAAGCCUGCCCAGUGACAGACGCCGCUCAAGCAAACGGAGAUCAUCCACUGAAAGAACACGCUCUUCUGAAAGACCACUGUCUGAUGUCCCUAAAUCCGACCUCCCUAAGAGCCCAACGGAGAAGAGGCACUCGUUCUCUAGAAUGCCCUCUACAGAGAGUCAAAGUGAGGACAACCCUUAUGACUACAGAAAGAUACUGAGGAAGACCUCCCAGAGACGAAGGCUUUUAACACAGCCCUAAUCAUCAAGCUUUACAACUUCUGUAAAUACUGUGAAAAAUGAGUUCACCAAAAAAUGUCAUUUCUGUCAUCAUUUACUCACCGUUAUGUCUUUCCAAACCCAUAUGAAUUUCUUUCUUGUGUGAAACACAAAAGGAGAAUUUUUGAAUAAUGUACCACCCGCUCUUUUCCAUGGAGUUACAAUAACCUGAGGCUUUUAAUCUUCAAGAAGAGCACAAAGUGAUGUUUGAUUCAUCAAAGAAUCAUUCUCUUGAGUCGGGGGGUGAGCUG